AUGAACAACUCCUCUGCAGUGUUCCUUAGCAAUGUGGACGAUUAUCUGGCCCCAUCCCAAGCAUGUGUGAACCCGCUCUACAACAGCAACAGUGAAGACACCAAUAAUCAGGAUACCCCUGCUACUACUAAUAAUAAUAAAAACAAUAAUGUCAUUCAUCCGACCACCGAAACCAAUAAUCAAGUCAUUCCGCGUCAACGCAAACGAAGAACUCGCAUCAGUCCUACUACUGUUAAUAGUGGGGAAGAGCAAGGAGGCCCGGUGAUUCCAACAACUGAAAUGUUGAAGAAUAAAAAAGAUCCCAUCAAGGCUUCCAUGGCAGAUUGUUUGGCCUGUUCGGGAUGUGUCACCACGGCCGAAACGGUCUUGUUGGAACAACAGCAUUCCUUGACGGCAUUGAAAAAGGCCAUGCACGAAAACAAUAGCCAAAAGUUGGUAGUGGCCACGGUAUCUCCCGCCGUUUGGGCCGAUUUGUUGCGGCAUUUGCAAGUUCCACCACACGAUGCGAUUCGAAUCAAGCUACAAUUGGUCACUUGCUUACGAGAAAUUCUGCAAGUUGCAGCCGUGCUGGAUGGUAAUCUGCCCUUGCAGUGGUCGCUCUUGCAAGCGGGAGAAGAAUUUUGUCGUGCCCAUCAGCAAGCACAAAUACAGCAACAACAACAACAAACACAGGCACAACCACAGGCAGGAAAUUUUAGGCAUCAAUUGGAACUGCAAAAUACCCCUUCAAUCGCUGUGAAUUACCAGGAAACUAAAUUCAUGCUACCCGAUGGAAGCACACAUGUCAUUCCCAAUAAUACACCUGCUUCACCUCCCUCUUUGCCACUCUUGACAUCGUCGUGUCCGGCAUUGGUAUGUCUGGUGGAAAAAUCGACUCAUGGGGCCGUGCGGCAUUUGGCUCAUUCCAAGUCACCCAUGAGUCUGGCGGGGGCUUGGUGGAGAAAACAACAACAACAACAACAGGAACUAUUCCACCUGGCGUUCAUGCCCUGUCACGACAAAAAGCUCGAAGCAUCUCGCAAGGAUUUUGCAAGGCCCACACUGUUAGGAACAAGUGAGGACCAACAAGAUGUGGAUUUGGUCCUGACAACGCAGGAAUGGUUCCAAAUGUUGGCCGAAUUCGCAUACGACAAGGCGUCCUCGAACAACGCUAUCAUGAAACCCGUCGAGGAAUACACCCAGGAAGAAUUGCGUACACUUGUCAAGAGCUAUCUGGAAACGUUAGAACCUGCACCCAUGCAUGCAUUGCAGCUCAACAACAACACCCUCGCAUUGCCAGAACCCAUCCAACGCCAAGGGACACUUCUCGCUGCUCAGGAAGAUGUGGCUGCAGCUUCUCCACAUUCCAUCAUGACAACAAGUGACAUGGAGAUUGAUCAGAAUCACGACGACGACGACGACACCACGGGCAAUAAUAAUGCUCAGAUGGACAUUGAUGAUUCGGGUGGUGUGGUGACAAAUAAUAAUGGGCACAACAGCAACAGCACGUCUCCAGAGAAUGCAUCCUUCUUCACCAUGGGGUCUGGUGGCCUGGCAGAGUUUGUGUUCCGCUAUGCCGCGUGGCGCUUAUUCCAGACGGAUCUAUCCGAUACCGAAAUUGUAUGGAAACCAGUACCCACAGCCACGAAUACAAGUGGCAAGGUGGUCAGUGCUCGCGUACGACGAGCAGCCGCCAGGAAUCGUGACUAUUAUCAAGCGAGUCUCUAUCGACACGACGACGGAUAUUCUUGCGAGGAAGCUCCUGGAGCCGUUCCGGUCCUUCGUUUUGCCAUUGCGUACGGACUGCAAACCCUCCAACGAGUCCUCGAGCCAUUCGCCAAGAAGAGUGACGGCUAUCCGUUUGAUUUUGUCGAGGCCAUGGCAUGUCCCUCGGGAUGUUUGAACGGCGGUGGACAAGUACGGGUGGCGGAUCGAGAAACUCCCACACAGACGCGACAACGUGUUGCAGCGACACGAGACUUGUUCGUGUCGCCGUCCUCCAGUUCCAGCAGCACUACAUUGCAAGAACUGGAACGUACCUUUGGGCCUGGAGAGCUUCAAACCAACUUCCAUGUAGUGCCACCGUUACAGCAUUCCCUGGGAGCUGCCGCUGGCGUUGCUGUUAAGGAUACGCAGUGGUAA